GGCGAUUGAAACAGGAGAAUCGGAUAAUUGGCGAUUCAAAUAACUAUAAAUAUAUAAUCACUUGAUCACCGUAUGAAUCAGCUGAGCUUUAACAAAGGUAUAAUAGUCCUCCUAUUUUUACUCUCACUUUCUAAAAGUGAAAGAAAAAGUCAAUUUUGUGUCAAUUUUGUGAUAUUCUGGUCUUAUGUCUUAACCCCAAAUCAAUACUCCGUAAUAUCUUCAGGAAACAAGCUAGAUUUGUUAUGAAGAACAAUUUCAUAGGAUUUGCCAGAAGACUCUUCGUGGCAGUACGCCCUUUCCCUCUGGCGCCAUACCACCAUGGCCUCCGCCUUUACUGCACUCCCGCAGCAACCGCCGCCGCCUCUUCCUCUCCUGCAAACGACAAACUCUUUGUUGCCGGUUUAUCUUGGUCCGUGGACGAGAAGACAUUAACAGACGCCUUUUCUGAUUUCGGCCAAGUGACGGAAGUGAGGAUAAUGUAUGAUAAAGAUACUGGCAGAUCAAGAGGUUUUGGGUUUGUGUAUUUCUCUAAAGAAGAGGAGGCCAAAAAUGCUAAAGAUGCCAUGGAUGGGAGGGCUUUUCUUGGUCGUCCAUUGAGGAUUAGCUUUGCGCUUGAAAAGGUUCGCGGUGCUCCUGUUGUUGUCCCUCGGCUUAGAAGCAUUGUAAAUGGUGUUCGGAGGGAUCAUUGAGAUUUUAGCACUGGUCUAGGUAAUCCAAGUUUGGUAAAAGAACUGUAAAAUUACAAAUUUUGAAUAUACUUCUAUAAAUAUGUUACUCUUGUGGCAAACCGCGGAUUUAGAUUUUGGGGUUUUUACGUCAAUUUGUAGUUGUAAAAACGCCUUUGGUUGGAAACUGCUGUGGUAAAAUGACAGGUUUUAACCAGUAAUUUUCCUACAUUCCAAGGUUAGUCGAAUCAUGAUGAAAUCCUAAUAUUAUUACUUUUAGGUCUUUCACUAAAUCACUCUUUUGCUUAUUCACAGAAUAGCUUAUAUUCUGUGGCAUUAAAUCAUUCAUGAGCUUACACAUUUUGAUCUCGUUGAGCAUUUUCGAGAAAUGGAAGCAAACAAAAGGAACAUUCAGAAGCACGACCACAAAUCGAUUUCCAGUGAUCAUUCUUAGAACAUAAAGAAAGCUCUCCAAACUUUGGAGUGACACAAUGGAAAUCUGAAAGGGUUUUGUGCUGUUUGUAACCGUUUUUUCAACGUCAGCUAUUUAACUUCAUCAGUCUAUUUUUACUAUUUCACAAUUUAGCGUGUGAAACCGAAAGAUUAGUAAAAAAGAUGAUUGAUAAGCAAGUAAGCAAAAAAAAAAAAAACAGGUUACCAUGAAGCCCUAGCGCCGCAUUGUCAACACCUUCAACUAUACCUUAGCUGCCGCAACCCCUAUAACCCUAGACACUGAUACCACCACCGUGUAACCCUACUUGUCGCCCACUUACUCUGUAACUCUAGCCACCCACCCCACCCUAUAACACUAGCUAUUCACCCCACUCUAUAACCCUAGUCGCUGCUGCACGUGGAAGGCUUAGUCGUCGCAUCGUUACUGACAAAUAGAAGCAUCAAAGUGGAGGGAGUAUGUCGUCAUUGUCAUCUUGUAUGGUUUACAAAGAACUGUUGUCCCCCGCGAUCUAAAUUCUUUGUUGCUAAUGCCUAAUGGAGUAUCCAUUAUUGUCGGUUGAGAAGAUGACCACACCAUCCAAGUGUAUCCAUCAAAAAGGGGAGCAAUGUCAAAGUUGAAGCCGUUGUCGAAGUGUUUGCUUUGAAGAAGAGAGUCAUCAUCGUAAUUGCCUGGUCGAUGAAUGAAGCACUGGACGUCCAUUGUUGAUUGGAGAAGAAAGGAGCGUACUAAGGUUGAAACACAGCCAGUGAAGUGUUUUAUUUGAUGCCACUUGAGACAUUUCAAAUAUUUUUAAUAAUUUAUUUAUUUGGAUAGCAGUG